UCACAUCUUCAGUAUAACCUUAUGUGUAUCGUUAUAAGGUUAGGGGCUUGAACCAGAACGAUCAGAUAUGUUAUUUUGCUGCUAACUAGCAAGGUCUUUUCAAGGAUCCCCCAAUUCCGACAUUAUCUAGCUAGCUCCAUCUGAUUGCCUUUCCCCUCCCAGCCGUUCUCUGCCCCGAUCCCCUGCUGGACUCUGCAGAAAACUGCUUUAGCGGCGAAGCAAUCAAACGGUUUUGAAUCCGACAAAAAUGGAUAAAACGAUGGAGCUGAUCCAGAAGGCCAAGCUGGCGGAGCAGGCCGAGCGCUACGACGACAUGGCCGCCUGCAUGAAGGAGGUGACGGAGCAGGGAGCCGAGCUGUCCAACGAGGAGCGCAACCUGCUCUCCGUCGCCUACAAGAACGUGGUGGGGGCGCGGAGGUCCGCCUGGAGGGUGAUCUCCAGCAUCGAGCAGAAGACCGAGGGCAGCGACAAGAAGCUGCAGAUGGUCAAGGAGUACCGGGAGAAAGUGGAGGCCGAGCUGCGGGAGAUCUGCAAAGACGUGCUGGAGCUGCUGAGCAAAUAUUUGAUUGAGAACUCCACGAACCCCGAGAGCAAAGUGUUCUAUCUAAAGAUGAAGGGAGACUACUACAGAUACCUCGCUGAAGUGGCCUCGGGAGACGACAAGAAGGAUACGAUAACCAACUCUCGGAGUGCCUACCAGGAAGCGUUCGACAUCAGCAAGAAGGAGAUGCAGCCCACGCACCCCAUCCGCCUGGGCCUGGCCCUCAACUUCUCCGUCUUCUACUACGAGAUCCUCAACUCCCCAGAGCUGGCCUGCACCCUGGCCAAACAGGCCUUUGAUGAAGCCAUCGCCGAGCUCGAUACACUGAACGAAGACUCGUACAAAGACAGCACCCUCAUCAUGCAGCUGCUAAGAGACAACCUCACAUUAUGGACGUCGGACAACGCAGCGGACGAAGGCGAGACCGGGGACGGCGGCGAGAACUAAACCGUAAAAGAGGUCGUCUGGAAAAAAAAAAAACAAAAACAAAAAAAACUUUUUACACAUCUUCAUUCCUUACUGUUCCACUUAAAAUUCUUCUGGCAAUGAAAAGUCAUCAUUACUGAAGGAGCUGUGUGUGGAAAUUCAGACCAUUUUCACACUGCUGCUUUUGGGAGAGAUAAGAAAAAAAAAUUUAAAAUAACAUGUCCAUUCCUUGGUUUGUGUUUGUCCAGGCCUUCCUUAUGUGCAGUCUCUGCUGUAGAAAAGUAUUAAUAGCUUCACUUUAUAUCGACAUUUACUUCCAAUUUAAGAUGAGAAAAUCACGUUACAGGACUUGUGUGUAUCUAGAGAGAAUCUGCGCAGUGGGUUUCGGACGCAGGGGAGUGGGUGUGGUGGUGUGGAGGGCAGUUUCGUUGGUGUGGAAGUGUUCCUUCUCUCAUCCAUCCUCCCCCAUGGUCUCUCCGCCGGGUCACCUGCUAGAGUUACAGCAGCUGACAUCUAAUGAAUGAUUUAAAAACCGGACUGACCACGCGCACGCUGGCUGUGAGGUUACAGGGGCGUGUCCUCCUCGUUGCCAUGGCAGCGAGCACGGUGAGGCAGCUUUUCAUUGGUUACCGAGGUCUUUCCCGAGGUCACAAUACACUCCUUCCUAGUUAAGAAAUUCACUUUAAUGUGUUACUUUGUAGCAUGUCUGACUAAAACGGUGGCGCUUUUUGAAGACCAAAAAAAGACAAAAUUACAAAAAAAAAGAACCUACAUGCAUGUCCUUUUUAAAAGACACUGAAAUGAGAGCCAGUGGCAUCCACACCAAGUCCCACUGUUCCGUUUAGUACUUUUCAUUGCAGGUUGGUGCACAUGUGAGAGGGUGUUUGGUUUGUCCAGUGAUUGUUCUUUAGAGAUUUGGACCACUAUUGUGUUUUGCUAAUCAUCGAUUGUAGUCCCCGAAAGCCUUGUGAAAAUGUUUAAUGCCCUAUGUAACAGCUAUGUAACAUGAAUAAAAAUGACAUUUUAUAAACCAGAAAGAUGAA